AAAUAAAUAUAACUAAAUAUUUAUGUUAUCGGCGAAGAAGAAAUAUUUGGAUGGCAGCGUUUAUCGCAUUCUUAAGGACUUCUCAGGUUUCUCUUUCUGCUGAGCCAUGAGAUCAUUCACACUUGCUCGACUCGCCUGGUUUUUUGUUCGUUCAUCUGACUGCAAACGAACGACAAACGUACGAUAUCCGACAGUCUUCUUAGUUGAAUACGUCGUUGAACACGUGUCCAUCUUGCAUGCAGAUAUAUGAAACGGACAACCGGCUAUCCAAUUGCAGACUUGAGAAUUCGAUCGUAUGAGUGUAGAAAGUAGAUGUGACCAGUUGUAGAUUUCAUCUACGAAAAUAAUUAAUUUAAUCUUCAACACAAACAUACAAGAUGUCUCAACAAGGUAGAGAUGACUAUGAUCCUUCUCAACCAUCGACUAGUAGUGGGCAUCGUAGAAGUAGAACACAUAGUUCGUUCUCUGGUAGGACACCUUAUUUAAGACCUGAAGAAUCAAGAGUAUAUUCAUCAUCCAGAGGAAUCGUAAAGAACAUUAGAGAGAGCCAAGAGUAUGCUACUAGUUCAAGUUCUUUAUCUACAUAUUCAGAACAACAUGCUGCUGAACAGAUGGAAGGCCGAUUUACAGGUGGAGGUGGGGACAGUAGCUCAGGACAACGUCGUCAACGUCCACCUUUAGAAACUAUUUUUGUCACUAGACCAAAUACUUUAGUAACUAAGAAAGGAACAUCAGGAGAACAAAUAAUAUUGCAAACAAAUCACUUCAAGUUGAUCACUGUACCUGACUGGUGUCUUUAUAAGUAUCGUGUAGAUUUUGUACCAGAAGAAGAAAGUAUUGUAGUGCGUAAAGCUUUGUUGAGACUUCAUAAAGAGAAAAUUGGAAUGUAUAUUUUCGAUGGAACUGUUCUGUAUACGCCUGUUCGUUUACCAGAGAAAUUUGAAUUUGUUUCAACUAAAAAACAAGAUGAUGUACCUGUCCAGAUUGCCAUACGUUUAGUUGGAGACAUGUCGCGAAACGAUCCACAUUAUAUUCAAGUUUUUAAUAUAAUAAUGAGGAAAUGCUUGGAACAUUUAGAUUUGAAAUUAGUGGGCCGUAAUUAUUACGAUGCAUAUAAUAAAGAAAAUUUACAUGAUUAUAAACUGGAUUUGUGGCCAGGCUAUCUUACAUCUAUUCGUCAAUAUGAACACAAUAUUUUAUUGAGUUGCGAAAUGACGCAUAAAAUAAUACGACAGCAAACAUUGUUGGACAUAUUAACAGAUUGCUAUAGACGUAGCAGUCAUAACGUUAAGAAUGAGUUCUUUAAAAGUGUUGUUGGAAUUAUGGUGCUUACGGAUUAUAAUAGUCGUACCUACCGCAUCGAAGAUGUUGAUUUUGAUGCAAGUCCUUCCUCGACAUUUAAAAAAAAAAAUGGAGAAGUUAUAUCUUAUCGUGAUUAUUACUUAACGAAAUAUCAUAUUCGAAUAACAGAGAUGACGCAACCGAUGUUAGUGACAAGAAUAAAACCAAAGGAACGAAAUGCAGGCGAGGGACAACUAGUUUAUCUAGUUCCUGAAUUGUGUCGUGCUACAGGCUUAACCGAUAGCAUGAGAGAGAAUUUCCAUUUGAUGAAAGCAUUAUCUAUGUUUACUCGUGUUAAUCCUGAAGAACGGAUAAGAAAAUUAAAAACUUUCAAUGAAAGACUUCGUAAAGAACCGAAAGUCAUAGAAGAACUUCAAAAUUGGAAAAUGACGUUAGAUCCAAAUUUAGUCGAACUCAAGGGUCGUGUAUUAGUUAACGAAAGACUUGUGUUUAGUAGAAAUACAAUUAUUGAUACUAUGAGAGGAGAUUGGUCGAGAAACAUGCAAAGAGCACCUUUAUUGCGUUGCAAGGAAUUGAAAAAUUGGAUGGUAAUAGGUUGCGAUCGAGAAAGACAUGGUAUAGAGCAAUUUAUUAACAAAUUAAUUCAAGUGUCUCGAGCAAUAGCAUUUCCUGUUCAAUAUCCGCGAAUACAAUGGAUACGUGAUGAUAAAUCGAGCACGUAUACUGAAAAUCUUGAAUAUAUUCUCAGCAAAUUUACUCCUGAUUUAAUUUUCUGUGUAGUGACUAAUAAUCGAUCUGAUCGGUACAUCGCUAUUAAGAGAAAAUGUUGCAUAGAUAGACCUGUACCGUCGCAAGUCUUUUUGCAAAAAAAUUUACACUCCAGAACUGUUAUGAGUAUUGCUACCAAAGUGGCAAUACAGAUGAACUGUAAAUUAGGUGGAGCCGCUUGGACUAUGGAAAACCCACUGAGAGGAUUGAUGACUAUUGGUUUUGAUAUAUGUCAUGAUGUAUCUACUAAGGGUAGAAAGUUUUUGGCUAUGGUAGCAACUGUUGAUCAAUCACUGACACAGUACUACAGUUCUAUCAUUCCGUUCAAUAACAAGGAAGAACUUGCAGAACAUGUUUGCACAGGUAUAACCAUGGCUGUGCAAAUGUAUCGUGUGAAUAAUAAAGCCCUACCAAUGUAUCUUUUAAUUUAUCGCGAUGGUGUUAGCGAAGGGGAAGUACCUGAAGUUUACGAAAACGAAGUAGGAAACUUGAAAAAAAAACUAGAGGAGCUAUAUUAUGGUCCAAAUUUUAAGAUGAUCUUUAUUAUUGUCUCAAAAAGAAUUAAUACAAAAUUGUUCCAUAGAAGGAACAAUCCACCAGUGGGUACUAUCGUUGACGAUGUCGUAACUAGUCCGUUCAAAUAUGAUUUUCUUCUUGUAUCACAACAAGUUAGACAGGGUACAAUCUCACCAACUUCGUACAGUAUAAUUUACGAUAAUGCCGGUUUAGAUACAGAAACAAUACAAAGAGUGACUUUUAAAUUAACUCAUUUGUAUUACAAUUGCUCAAAUACUGUGCGCGUACCAGCGACUUGCCAUUAUGCGCAGAAAUUAUCUUUUUUAGUAGGAAGAUUUCUCCAUCGACCUCCACAUACACAGUUGGGAAAUCAAUUGUUCUUUUUGUGACUUUUUAUUAUCAAAUACUUAAUAAUUUUUUAGAUGAUGCUAACAGUUAUAAGUUGUAUAGUUUAGGCCAAUCGCUGUUUAUACCAAUCGAAUGAUAAUGAAUGAUGAUAUACGUUUGUCCUUGUUUUUUUGAAAAUAAAUGAACAUAUUGUUUAUUAUUAACACUCGGUUGGUGCAAUACAAGUUUAGAAGUUAAGAAAGCCAUGUUAUUUUUCUUUUCUUUAAUUUUUUAGUUGCAGAUAUAAGUCAUAAAAUAAGAAAAAUUCGGACUAUUCAUUAUAUACCAAAUAUAUGUAUUAUUUAGAUUUUAUUAAUAUAAUAGAGUAAUAUUUUAUCACUGAGGUUAUAAGACUGAAGCUUAUUUCUAAAAGUUUAAAUGUUUUGUAGAUAAUGCCAGAGUAGGCAUUUAAGCUCUUAGUGUUUCAUCGCGAAACUCUCGAUUGAUGACUUCAGAAGGGAGAAAAUACACGAUAAAAAAUUCUUGCAAAAUACAUUGAAAUUAAAAGAUAUAUCCAUAAAAUGGUAGCUUGCGAUCGAUCAAGCAGAUGUGUAAGAUAGUCCGAACGCUUUCCUUUUGCGCUAACAAUAAAAAAAUUACCGUAUUAAGAUUAAUACAGGAAGAUGCAACCUAUCUUUUCAUCUUUCUUCAUAAUUUUGUCACGUUAAUUUUACAGUUAUUGAUUGUUAGAACAAAAGGAAAGUGUUCAGACAAAGUUCAGACUAUUUCACACAUCUACUCGAACGAUUGCAGAUGUCAUUUUGUGAGUAUCUUUUUAUUUAUGCGUAUUUUGCAAGAACUUUUAGCGUGUAUUUUCUCGCCUUUGCUGUAAAAAUCAAGAUAACUGUUAAGAGCAGCGGCGAGAAUACAGGAAUCUCAAUAUACAAGUAUAACCAUAAGCGUUAGUUUUUUUUAUUUUAGAAAGAAUUUCGGUUUCAAUAAUACCCAGAAUAUAGAUAUCUUUCAGACAAAUAAGAUUUGCAUAUUUUUAUAUGCUGUGUGUGUGUGCGUGCGUGCGUGUGUGUGUGUGUAUGUGUGUGAUUAUUAAGUCUGCGCGGGUUUAUUAUAUGUUUAUGUUGCAUGAAAAUUAAACAAUUUACACACGUAAAACUUACAGGUAUAGAAAUACUUGUAUAUUAUAUUUAUCCGAUUUGAUUAAUUGAAGGACUCGAUACAUAUGUUAUUUAAUUUUGGUUCGUAGAACAUAUUAGCUACAUAUCCUGAAUUCCAAAUACAAAAUGAUUUAUAUUUUUACGUUUGAGGUAUAUUUAAGUUCUUUUAUUAAUGACUCAAGAAUUUGUGUUUAUUUCAACAUAUACUUGCUAUACGAUUGUACGCAAACAACUCUACGAAAGAGUAGAAGCAUGUCCUAGACCACUAUCUGUGUUUAUAUUUAUUGAAUGUUAUAAACUUAAUAAAAAGUAAAAUUUAUAAAAAAAUUUUCAACAUUAACGUAACUUAAUGAAAUAUUAUGAAUGAAGCAUUGUUCUUUUGGGGUUGAAAAAACAUAUUUGUAUAAUGUAUACACAUAUAUUUCAAAUAUCAUUAAUACAAUAUCGAUAUAUCAUCAUGAGAUAAAAAUCAGGAAGAAAAUAUCAGUAAAUUUAUUAUUUUCUUGUUUAAUUAAAGAAAUUUUUAAUUAAAAAACUUACUAACUAUAGUAUGGACAUAUACUAUUACAGUGUUCUAUUGUAAUUGACACACCGCUACGGUACUAGGACAUAUAUUUUGUUUAUUAUUACUAUGUUAAGUCCACUUCAAACAUAACGUUGUUUUUACGUAUUAGAAUUUAUUGCGUAAUUUAGCUAACAGAGUCCUAAAUUUGUGGUAUUUCUUGGAUGCUCUUCAAGUUACACCAAAAAUUAUAGCACAAGAUGGUUACAUUUUUAGUUUCAAAAAUAAAAUAUAAAAUAAAAAUACGUACCAAAUAUUCUCUAUAUAUAUUUGUUAGUCAGUCUGAUUAUAUAUAUUUUAUAUAUUUUCUACGAGCAUUUAAGUACUUAAUUACUUAUAAGAAUCCGAGUGAUGUUAUAUAUAUAAGAUUGGCAUAUUAAAAAAUAAAAAUUAUAUUUUUCUAAUUUUAAGAAUUACACAUAUUGUGUGUAAGUUUACAAAAUAUGUAUGUAUCUUGUGUCUAUACAUGAUUUUUCAUAUUCAGCGAAAAAUCGUGUGUAGGAGAUAAUGCGUAUAAUAAUAAAAUUGAUGAUACAACAUGA